AUGCCGUCUUCAGUCAACACCAGCCAUGGAGGACUAGCAACCCUAGUAAACGGAAGAUCAUCAAGCCCAACCAUGUCGACGACCACCACUCUUUCACCACCAAGCCCAGUCAUGGGAGGAGGAGGAGGAGGAAAACAUCACCACCACCCAAGCAUAAUUUCACCUGACGCAAUGGCAGACGUGAAGUCCAAGAUCAAGAAGCUCGCUAGCGAGCUAAAGCAGCAGCAGCAAAAGCAACAGCAGCGAUGUCGUCAGCAGUCAAGCAACAACAACAACAACACUCGUCCAAUCCUCCCAUAUUUGAACACCGAUAGCAUCACCACCACCAAGACAACCCUGAGCAGACCUGUCCUAUCCCCCUUCUCCCGAGCCAAAAGCCACCAGCUCCAGCAACAUCAACAACACAUCCGCCACCCAUCCACACCCGGACCUGGACCUGGACCUGGUCCCGUCAUCCCAAUUCCAGGCCUCGAACCCACCUCCCGCUCCCUCUCCGACCUCCACAACGAGCGCUCCUACCUCUUGCAUAACUUGCAAACCCAAGGCGAGCGAGCCACGCGUUUGUAUCAGCGGUAUGCCCAUCUUGAGGCUAAGAAGGAGGCUUUGAAGAAAGAGGCCUCUGUCUCUGCUGCUGCUGCUUCCACCUCUCCUUCAGACGAAAACAACAACAAUAACACUACUACCGGCUCAACAUCAGCACCCCCAGCUUCAGUCAGCAGCAAAAAGAAAAAGAUCAAAAAGGACCUCUCCCUCCUCCGCAGCCGGAUCGCCGAGUCUACGCAGCAGGAACAGCUGAUCAUGUUGAGGCUGGGCGAGAUCCAUGUGGAGUUGGUGAAUAGGGGGAGGUGGGUUAUGACGCAUCAGCAUCAGCAUCAGCAUCAGCAGCAGCAGCACCAGCAGCAGCAACAUCAGGCCCUGAUUUACUCGCCUAUGUCUGCUGUUGUCGAAGGGCAGGGGCAGGGGCAGGGGUAUUUUGGCCAUCAUCAUCAGUGGCAUCAGCAGCAGCAAAACCAUGGUGGUGGUAUCCCGGCUACCCCUUCUUCGUUGGGUGCUGAUUCGUACUCGAAUUCAUCACCUGUGGGAGGGGAUGAUUACCUUUACACCCCCUCCUCCGUCUUGAGCCCAUUAUCUCCCUCGUUCGUUCCAAGUGGUGGGGGAGUUAGCUUUUUUGAGGAUAUUUGGACUCGACCAUCAUCCCAUCAAUCGCAAGACCACCACUCUACUACCUCUCCGGAGGAAACAACCCAUGAUCACCACCACUUGGCCCCUGCCCCCGAACGGGAACAGGAACAGGAACAGGAACAGGAACAGGAACAACACCACGCAGCGGCCGAAGGAGAAGAAGAAGAAGAAGACGACCAAACCCCCAAACCCAAACCCAAACCUUCUCUCUUCCAAGACCUAAACCUCCCUCUAGACUCCCCAGCAGUCCCUCUCUCGGCAGUUACUCCCAAAUUCACCAGCACCAGCAGCACCGUCAGCACCUCCACCCUCCCUUCGCUACCCUCCGAACACCUCGCAACCCCCAUCACCCCCAGCAGGAUCCCAUGGGAUGAAUACCCUUCCGACUCGGAAGAUGACGAGUCUUUUGAGAGCUUUGAUGGGAGUAGUUUUACGCCUAUUGGUGUGACUAAUACCAAUCCACUGACUUGUAUUAAUCCUUUGAUUAAUGGCUCGGCCUCGGGCUCGGGCUCGGGCUCGGGCUCAGGAUCUGGUGUGAUGGUUUCUGAACCGGAGGAAGAGGAAGACGAGGAAGAAGAAGAGGAAGAAGAAGAAGAAGAAGAAGAAGAAGAAGAAGAAGAAGAAGAAGCUGAAGGAAGUGAAGGAAGUGACGACUCCGCCUCCGAACCAGGGGAUUUGCUUUCCGAGCAGCAAAGAAGGACGGCUUCGUUCUCACGGGGUGGGGAGGAGGGGGAGGGAGGUGAUGGUUGGAGAAGGCUGAGUAUGCCUAGCUUGAAGAAUCUGUGGCCUGCUGCGCUUGCGGCUAUUGGUGUUCAGGGGUUGGGAGAGGAGGGGGAGGAGGAAGAGGAGGUGCCGGAGAUGAGGCUUGAUACUGUGAUUUAG